AUGCGUCGUCGACCCGGCCACCCCAGCGCAAACUCGGACGCCGAUGCGAUGCAGCGAGCUCGUUACGCCCAUAUCGAGGAAGAUGGCGGCGUAGCUCUUGUGAAGUCUGUUGCUGGUCGAGCUCUCAAGUCGCCCAAGAUCCGCCUAGGGCUCGUGCUCUGGGCUGUCGGUCUCUUCUUCAUGCUGCUGGCUCCUGGUCUACGGACUGUUACACCUGAAAUGAAGGCCACUUAUGAAGAAAUGGUCGUGGAAGCUGCCAAUAUGCCAGAGUACCAUGAAGCUUAUGCCAAGUAUACUGGAGCUCAAGCUUAUGCUGAAGAAGCCAAAGUCUGGUUCUGGCGGUUCCGUGAGCCGUACAAGACGUUGGUAAAUCAGCGUCAGUCAGAGGCUAACAAGUGGGCAGCUGAGCUCUCGAGGAGAGAAGAAGAGCAGGAAGACAAGAUGAAGAAGGCCCGAUCGUAUGUUGGUCUCUGGUCGGACUUUGGUCUAGCUGAUGUACGUGCGCGGUUCUGGAGCGCGUUUGAAAAGGGCAAGCUCUUUGCUCAGCAUCAGACGUUUUAUCACAUGAUCAUGCGGCUCUUGUCGGCCCGGGACGAAGACGUCUUGAGUAUGGUCCUCAAUUGGGUCUUCGUAGCGGUCAUGAAUUUCACGACGGGACUGCUGGGUGCACUCUUCUACUUUCUCUUCGCGCUCGUGAACAUGGUGUUUUCGUAUCAACCUGAUCCACUUAGUGCGAUGGCAUUUGUGGUGCUUGGCUUCAUCGGCGCCGCGAGUGUUGUGGCCUCGUAUUUGUUCGCGAUCUACGGCAUGGUGGCAACUGGCGUCUAUGUGAUUGGCAAGGUCGUCCUUCGUGAUGCUCUCGAACAAGAACGCCGCCAGCAACUGCGCGGUGAUCGACCGGAACGGUAG